GAAAGAUGACACUGUUAACUUCAUAGAGGAAUGAGAUUGUUUUCAUAUUCAAUAAGUUGAGCUCCCACCUCCGAACAUAUAAUAAGGAUUAUUCAGUCACAGCUGAAUGCAAUGCUUAACAGGCAGAUGAAGUCAGUGUGUCUGCCUCCAUCUAGCGGUGGAUAAAUGGCGUCUUGCAUCAGCGAAGAGGAGGCAGCAGCAAAAAUAUGCCAUUCCUUUGCACCUGACAAGCCAUCUCGUGGUUGUUGUCUGUUUUUGAAUGCAGCUGCUGAAGCACACAGGACACUCUGUUUAUUUGUCAGUUUGUUGACCGCAUCGCUGAAAGACACUGACCGGAGGAGGAAAAAAAGAGGUGGAGGCUGGACAGCUGUGACACCAGCAACAGGUAGAGUCGCUUUUACAUUCCUGAGCCAGUGAAACGACAACACGCUUGUUCCUAGAGGAAGUACGGAACUUACCCAGCGCCUGUUCAGAAGCCCUCAUGUCAUUUUAUAGUUUGGCUUAUCGAUGAGCUGGCCGAGCGGCUUUGGGAUCAGUAAAGGGUGACUGAAGCUUUUUUCCUUUUUUAUUUAUUUAUUUAUUAUUUCUAUCAGAGAAGUCGCAUCUGCACAUCAAAUACACAUCAUGCCGGUCCACAGGAGGCAGCCCAGUAUUGAACUACUGGAAUUAAUGGGAGUGGUAAGAGAGAAUGGCAAUGAACAGACAUCACUUCCUCCUGUGCACACUCCACUGUCGUAUGACUAUGUCCUGGUUGCCAAAACAAGUGAAAACCAGGAGAGAGUGGCUUUCAGGAAGCAAACAGAAUACAUUGAAGAAUUGAAAAAGAAGAACAUGAGAGUCACAAAAAUUAUAGAUGAUGAUCUCAUCUUCUAUGGGAUUCAAGCGCCUAAAGAAAUUUUUGAGAAGUACAGGUAUCUGCUCAAAGUGUCUGAUGCUUGUAACUGGAGCUCGGAUCAGAGCAGUAUGCCUCUCAGCACCAGAAUAAGGAUUGUUCACUUUAUCUUGAAUCACACCCCUAUCCAUUCAGGAGAGGGUCUGCGCUGUCUCAUGAAGAUGAAGGUUUUUGAAGCAAAGUUCUGCUUACAUGAGAAAAGGAAACAGAGAGAGCUGAAGGAGAGCUGGGCACGAUGGACAGCCUGUCUCCAAGGGCAACCCAUAACUGCUGUCAGGAACUACUUUGGGGAGAAGGUGGCCUUAUACUACCUGUGGUUGGGCUGGUACACAUAUCUGCUGAUCCCUCCUGCUAUCAUUGGGAUCAUUGUCUUCCUCUAUGGCCUUGCCUUCUUUAACACUUCACCCCUCAUAAAGGAGGUUUGUGAGGCUGACAUAGUCAUGUGUCCACUUUGUGAUAAAUGCAAAGUUUGGCAGCUCUCCGACACCUGCACAUACGCCAAGGUGAGCCUGCUGUUUGAUAAUAAUGGCACAGUGCUCUUUGCGAUGUUCAUGGCCGUGUGGGCAACACUGUUUUUGGAGUUUUGGAAGAGACAUCGGGCUUCCUAUGUGUGUGAAUGGAAAGUGUCUGAUUGGUGUGAGGAGGAGGAGGAACUGAUCCUGGAAAUUGUGAACAAUGCAAAUUGUGAACCCAAGGAAUAUAAGCACUCCUACCUGCGCAGCACUUUGGUUUUGAUCUGUGUCACAGUUAUGAUAUUGGUUAUCAUUGGCCUGACACACGCCUUGGUGGUGUUCAGGGUGAUUGUAGCAGUGAUCUUUGCUGAGGGAUCAUGGGAGUUCCUGAGCACCAACUCCAACAGUGGAGCAAUGAUGCUGGGGGCCGUGUUCCACUAUCUUAUCAUCACUGUCAUGACACGGAUUAACAGGAUUGUAGCCAUGAAGCUCUGUGAAAUAGAGGAAACGAGAUCCUUUGCUGCCACAGAGAAGAGUUUCACUGUCAAGAUGUUCACCUUCCAGUUCUUCACCUAUUUCUCCUCGCUCUUCUACGUGGCCUUUUUUCUUGGCAGGAUAAAUGGUCAUCCUGGUGGUUACGUACGAAUCGCAGGGAUAUGGAGGCUUGAGGAAUGUCACCCCAGUGGAUGUCUCACAGACUUGUUCAUUCAAAUGGCGAUUAUUAUGGUUCUCAAGCAAACCAUCAACAAUGUUUUCGAGUUCACUGGCCCCUUGCUCUGCAGGUGGUUGAAGAGGAGAAGAACCCAGAAGCUACAGAGGAAAUGUGCCCACUGUUAUCUGAAAGAUGAUUCAGAGGCCAAACACGGAGCUGAACUGUGUGAUAACUGCAAGCUUCGAGACUGGCUCAACAACUACCGCCUCAGUGAUGUCGACUCCUUCAGCUUGUUCAAUGAGUUCUUGGAAAUGGGUGUGUGGACAGACGUGUUGGAGGCUAUUGGCGUCUUAGCUGUCAUAGCAAAUGGGCUGGUCAUUGGCAUAUCCUCGGACUUCAUCCCACGACUGGUGUACCGUUACCACUAUGGCCCGUGCGCCAAUGGCACAGCAACAGAUAUUGACUGCAUGGUUGGCUACAUCAACAACACUCUGUCCAUUGCACGACUCGAUGACCGGAACAUUUCAGCUAGACAGAUGACAAUUCCUGGUGGCUUGAAUGACACUUACUGCAGCUAUAAAGACUACAGGAGCAAUGAGGACUACAGUUUUACCCCACAGUUCUGGCUAAUAUUAGCUGUGCGCUUUGCAUUUGUCAUCCUCUUUGAGCAUGUUGUCGUCAUUUUUAAAUUCGUUGCAGCCUGGUUUGUACCGAGCGCUCCCAUGCAGGUCAAGAAUGACAGACUCUUUGAUAAACUCAAAAGACUAAAAGAGGAACUCAGCUCAUUUGAAGCGUGACAGAAUUCAGACACUUUCAAUGGGACACAUUUUUCCCCGAAACAUGAGCCCAGUGUUGCCUUGUGCAGGGUCCAGGCUAUCACAGUGUUGAGUCCACUUCAAAGCCAUUAAUCAUCUCAAUGAAGAGUUCAGACAGAGGCCUCUCGCUCUUGUUUGUUGUUUGGAAUCUGGAUUGUCAUCCAUGAAGUGGACUUUGAGGACAGAUGAUUUUUUUCUCAGACAGAACAAAUGUACAGAAACUGAUUUUACUGACCACGUCUUUCAUGAGAUUAUUCUUAUUCUAUUUUAAGAAUGCACUGACGGCUUUCUGGUGGCUCUCUAUAUUUGUGAGUUGUAUGUGAGUGUUUUUAUUGAAAGCCUAAAGAUAAUUUAUACUGCCACUGCAAACACAGUAUCGAUUGUGUGUUAUGAUGUUGCCUUAUAUUGUAAAAAGCGCUGUGAUGAUUGUUGCAUUAUUGCAGAUAGAAUCUAAUGGUGUCUUUUCAGACACAAGAAUGUUUUGCAUUAUAAUAUUUUAUAUAAAUGAAUGAAAGAGGAAACUUUUCUCCUCAUGAAAUGUCUUUUAAAUUCAAGUUUGUCAUUUAAAGUGUGUCAUAGCCAUAGCUGACAUUUUGAAUUUGCUAAAUUUCAGCUUUUCUUUGUGCUGGAACCAUAUGCCUUUUUUGUCUAAGGUACAGUAAGGUACAGUAUUUCAACAACAGCUAAAUUUAUGUAACCGUUUAUAAGGCUGAUUUUAGUAUUUCUUGUCGUGUGACUUUUUUAUGCACAAAGGAAGAAUAUUUUCCUGCAAUGUGGAAAAGACCAUUGUGUAGGUAAAUUCAAAGACAAUGUAAUUGAAAUGAAGAGAUACCACCCAAUCUUUUAUAAUGGAGUUGUAAGUUGUAACAAAUGUGUUUAUUAAUGGUACAUAAAACAUUUACUAUUGCUUUAUA